AUGACAAUCCUCCAUUGUUCUUUCUUUUUUCUUUUCUUUCUUUUUUCUUUCUUUCUUUUUUCUUUUUUCUUUCGUUCUUUCUUUCUCUCUUGCCAUCUUUCUUUUUUCUAUCCUUCUUUUUUGUUUCUUUCCUUCCUUUGUUCAUUAUUUCUUUAUUUCUUUUUUCUUCCUUUCUUUUUUCUUUUUUCUUCCUUUCUUCCUUCUUUUAUUCUUUCUUUCUUUCUUUCUUUCUUUCUGUACCUGUUGAUCUUCAUUUUUAUAAUUUUUGUCCGCUUUUACCUAUCCCCGUUUCCUUUCUUCCUUACUUUCUUUUCAUUCAAAAUUUCCUUUCUUUCUUUUCCAGUUUUUCUUUUCUUUCUUUCUUUCUUUCUUUCUUUCUUUCUUUCUUUCUUUCUUUCUUUCUUUCUUUACUUGCUCUUUUUAUCCUUACUCUCCUUCUCUCCCAUAUUCUCCUUUCCUUUCUUUCUCUGUUACUUUCCUUUACUUCUCUCCAUUUUUUUCGACCCCAUCUCUAUUCAGCAUUCUUCUACUUUUUCCUCUAGAUCCACUUCUCUUCUGGUUCCUUUUUCUUUUGUCCAUCUUUCUUACCUACUCCCUCUUCUUCUUUUGACCCUUUCUUAUUUCUUUACCGCUUCACUUCUUUUACUCUUUCUUUUUGCAUCAUUAAUAUCUUUAUUAAUCUCCUUCUCCUUCUUCUUCUUCUCUUUUGCCUUUUCUCUUCUUCUUUCUCCCUCUUCUGCCUUUUCUAGUUCUCCCUCUCCCCUUUGCACAUACCGCCUUCUUCCCUUUCUUAUACGUUUUCUCUCUUCUAUCUCUUCUACCUCUCUCCUUUGCACUUUCCCUUUCUAUCUCUCUCUUCUACGUUUUCCUUCUCCCUCUAUUUUUUACGCUUUCGCAUUCUCCCUCUCUCUUUUGCGGUUUCUCCUUCUCCUUCUCACUUUUGGGUUUUCUCCUCCUCAUCUUACUUUUGCGUUUUCUCUUUCUCUCUCUCUCUUUUACACUUUCUCUUUCUCUCUCUUUUGUACUUUCACUUUUUCCCUCUCUUUUACGCUUUCUCUCUUCCCCCUCUUUCUUUUGCACUUUCGCUUUCUCCCUCUCUCUUUUGUGUUUUCUUUUUCUCUUUCUCACUUUUACAUUUUCCCUUCCCCCGCUUACUUUUUCUUUUGUUCUUCCCCUCUCUUCUCGACUUUUUCUUUCUCCCUCUCUAUUUUACUUUCAUCUUUCUUUCGGAAAAUUACUCUAAAACAUGUGUUGAUUCACUGA